GCGGUUUUGGCAACCAGACACCGCAGACUGAUUUGCAUGCGGGGCAAGCUGACACAAUCUGACUUCCCACUCUCCAGAACAGACAGCCAUCUUUUCUCGCUCCCCAAAAACGUUCCUAAAAAUGGUCUUCAUGGCUGCGAUCCUCGCUGCCGUCGUGCAGGUACUGGCGGGCCUCUCCACGGAAGAAGUUCAGGUUGAGGUGACGUUUACGCCGGAGAGAUGUUCGUUCAAGUCCGAAGACGGCUUCUUCCUGAGGUACCACUACAACGGGACCUUCCCAGACGGCAAGAAGUUCGACUCCAGUCACGACCGCGGCAACACCUUCGACUUCACCCUGGGCAAGGGGGAGGUCAUCAAGGGGAUGGACCAGGCGCUGAGGGGGAUGUGUGCGGGGGAGAAGAGAAAGAUCACCAUCCCUCCUCACCUGGCCUAUGGAGACUCUGGAGUUGAUGGUGUGAUCCCGUCUGGUGCCACCCUGGUGUUUGAUGUGGAGAUGGUCGAGGUCAGAGACCCUACUGAGGAGGUGCCCAACGUGCUGUUCUGGUGGCUGGGGGAGACUCCCACCAACGCUUUCGGGGACAUGGAUGCCAACAAGGACAAGAUCGUCACCAAAGACGAGUUUACCAAGUACUGCUACGAACAAGUCAGCGCUGAGAAAGGCAAAUUCCUGCCGGGACGCAGGGAAGUCGACCUCAUCGAGGACAUGUUCCACUUCCAGGACCAAGAUGACGACGGCGUCAUCUCCUACGCGGAAUUCUCCGGCCCCAAAGACCACGAUGAGCUCUUUCCAAAGAUGGUUUCCCGUGUUGUCACCCUUGCCGUUGCGUUACAAAUCUUUGCAGCCUUAGCUGUGGACGAUCUCUCGGAGGUUGAGAUUGAGGUGACGUUUAAGCCCAAGCGGUGUAUUUUCGUCUCCAGAGAAGGCUACUUCCUGAGGUAUCACUACAACGGGACCUUCCCAGACGGCAAGAAGUUUGACUCCAGUCAUGACCGCGGCGACACCUUUGACUUCAUCCUGGGCCGGGGCGAAGUCAUCAAGGGGAUGGACACGGGUCUGAGGGGGAUGUGUGCGGGGGAGAAGAGGAAGAUCACCGUCCCUCCUCAUCUGGCAUACGGAGAAAAAGGCGUCGAGGGCACCAUCCCUCCCGGCUCCACGCUAGUGUUCGAGGUGGAGCUGAUAGAAGUGCUGGACCCGACCGACGACGUACCGAAGAACUUAUUCUGGUGGGUCGGAGAGACGCCCAAAAACUCCUUCGGCGACUCCGACGUGAACAGGGACAAAAAGAUCUCCAAAGAAGAGUUUUCCAACUAUUGUCACAAAAUGGCCGACAGCGACAAAGGCAUCUUCCUGCCGGGUCGGAGAGAACAGGACCUUAUAGACGACAUGUUCACCUUUCAGGACAGGGACCGCGACGGUUUCAUCUCCUUCGCCGAAUUUGCCGGUCCAAAAAUUCACGACAAACAUGACGAACUCUAAGAUAUACCGUUUUAUGUAUAGCAGACCGUUACUUUUUUUUUCCAAAAAGAAUGGAAACUUAGAUGUGCGUGGUAGUCCUUCAGAAGUUGACAACGCUUAGGAGAUGCGCACUCGACCACUUCUAUUGCUGAAGUGAGAAGGAAAGGUAUCAUUUAUGAAUGUCCUAUUGUCUUCUCGGUGAAAAAUUCCUCCGCUCCUGGGUAUGACAUCACGAAUGGCCGAGUCAUAACUACUGGCAUAUCAUCGUCAUGUUGCAGUUUAGAAAUAUUCUUGAAAUGUCACAGUUUACAAAACGCUACUACAUGCUGAUUUGUCAUUCUUUGGACCUAUGCAUUCAUUCGACGAGAAGAAUGAUUAUCAUUAUCUAAGAAGGAAAUAGCUAAAACUCAAUCCCGCUAAAGAAAAAAAAGUAGCCUAAAGAAAAAGGUAAAUCGUGAUUCUUUGGUAAUUAUUUCACUCAAAACGUAGAGAAAAUAAAACGACUGGUUUUGAACAAAUUUUCUCACUUCCGAUUUUAGACCAUCUCAAAUUAUGGUCCUCUUGGGGGGUUACAAUUUUCACUUUUACGAUAUGAAGUAUCAAAUUAAUUUGCCAGGCCAUGCUAAGCAUUUCCCGCUAGUUGCUUGAAUACAACAUUUUGAUUUUGCUUUCUUGUCCAUAGAAUAUCAUUUUCCCCUUCUAUUAGACCACAAUAGUUUGAUUAUACGGAUGACAUCCUCUGGGAACCCCAAAGUUGCCGCCAUUAUGAAAUCUAAAUGUUCAGAAAAUAAGAACAAUUUUUCCAUGAAGACCCAUAAGAGAUUGGUUCAUGCUACAUGUUAAAAUGAAUGGGGCAAUUAUGUUAACUUAAAUGCUGUCUAUUAUCAUUGAUUUGUCAUGGAACUCUUUAAGCUUUGAAAAAACAAACAAGUUGAAUACACUGUUUCCACACUUUAUUUGCACUGCGCAUGUUCCUAUAUAUUGAUUAAUGUUGGCUCCAAUGUGAUGUUGAUACAUGAAACAACAUGUACAUUAAACAAUGUUCAUAAAAAAACAGAUACUUUUGAUACAUAAUAAAUCAAUGUAUAAAUCUCUCUGCAAUGCAUAAGUUACAAGAUGCAAAACAACCUUCACUUUGAAUCUUUAAUACUUCUAAAGAAUACAGACUGCAAGAGUAUGUAGAUCUAACCAGGGGCAAAGAAGUAAGAUUGCACAAAAGCGGAGACCAGCCCAAUAUCAUCAUAGAUGCAACACCUUAACCCUGCGUAACAAUGUGAUUUUAGAAAGCACAGUUAUAAGUAGUACAAAGAUGAUGACAAAAUGUACACAUAAGACAGAAUUUCGCACAAAACUCUUCAUAUU